AUGGAUAAAUUGAAGAACCUGCUUUUUGUAAAAAACGGGAAUUUUUCGAACGCACAGGUCAAGGUUCUGGCCUUCACAUCACUAAGCAUGCUUGUGCUAAUGGUUACAGGUGAUGGUCUACAGACACCCCUUGGUUACAUAAAAAAUGUCAAGAGAGACAUUAAAAAAGAAGCACAAGAAUCUGAGGAAUCUAUGGAAAAGAAGCUCCUAAAGGAAUUGGGACAUACUACCUAUAAUGAAUGGAAGAAGGCUGGUAUCAUUCCUUCAGACGAUGAGAAAAAGUGA